AUGGUGAGCUUUGUGUGUGAUGGAUGUGGCGAUGUAGUAAAGAAGCCCAAACUGCAGCAGCAUUACAACAGGUGUUUUAGCCCAGUUACUUGCCUUGAUUGCAGCACUCAGUUUGGUUCACCAAAAGAAGCUCAUUCCUCUUGCAUGACGGAGGAUGAAAAGUAUCAAAAGUCGCUCUUUAAGGGUAAAAAGAAUCAGAAAAACUCUCAAGCAAAUCCUCAGCCUUCGCAGAAACCUGAACAUCCAGUAAAGCGGGCGGCAGAAGACCCUCAAGACUCCUUUGAUAAACGGGCUAAGGCUGAGAUGCCCAUGGAGCAAGAUACCUCGAGCAAAAGUGCCUCCAAGGAGCUCUCUCCCGCAUUACUCAAAGCGACCGUGGUUCACCUUGCGAAGGCGAACAAGGCUAUUUCUCUGUCUGAUAUUAUCAAGUACCUGACCAAAGAGAAAGGCAUGAACAAGAAAGACGUGAAAAACUAUAUGCUCAAGAAGGCAUGCAUAUACUUGGAGCAGGACCGCUUGAUCUUUGCUUAA